CAGCAAUAUGGCGGACACAACUGAUUACCUCUCAACUUAACUCGUGAAUUUCUUUAUUAAUUAUAGAGAGUUAACUGCUUAGGACAAGUCCACAAUGAAGUAAAAUAUUUCUUUGGAGUCAUUUGAAAUCGUAGUAAAGUUACUUAGAACUUAGAUCUAUAUUUGUUCUGUUCUAGGCUAAACAUCGAUGGUCUUCUGGUAUACUUUCCAUACGACUAUAUUUAUCCAGAGCAGUACUCUUAUAUGAUGGAGUUGAAGAGAACUCUUGAUGCCAAGGUGAAGACCGAUUUCUGCAAGAUCCUUUGGCCUCACUGAUAUCUGUAACGUUCUAUCCUUUUGCAACACCUACAAAUUAAGAUCACAUGAAAGCUCGCUUAAUUAAUUUAUCAAAAAGAUGUAUCAGCAAAUCAAUCUGCUUAUGCAAGUUUUAAAGCUCAUAAUUUAAUACUUGUAGUACAAGAAAACUCAUCGAGAUAUGCUGAUGAGUAGCUAUCCUUCACAAUAAACAGCUGGUGUGUUAUGCUUACAAAGUUAGAAUUGCUGAAAACCCAAACUGUUAUUGUUGUAUAAUUGAAAUGGAAUGGAUUCCCUUUUUCAUGUGACUCAUUUUGGUUAUUGGACAGCUGCCGAUGGCAUGGUAAAAUAGGUGUCUGUGACAGGAAAAAGGGGCCUUUUCCCUAAAAUCUUGACAGCAUAGACCUUGUCACAAGUUUAGAAGCCAUCUUGAUGAGUUGGCAACUGCGUAAGAAAUUACAGUGUUUUUAUGAGCAUCUAAUUUCGAAUAAUUUCCGUAAAUGACUGUUCUGAUAAAAAUAUGAAUUGUAAACUAAAGCCACAUAGCAAAGGAUUCUACUAACAAAUUUUUGGGGGCUGUAACUGUGCUUAGAUUUCCCCAGAUGCUUGCCUUAGAUUUUCCAUAUAUGAGGGGGGUGAAUAGGGGGAUGCAAAUCCGCUGAUCUGUGGUAUUUUUAGGCCCGAUCCGUCGAUCCGACAUAAUUUUUGUUGAAAUCCGAAUCCGUGUUGCUUUAAAAAGUUUUCGUGGUAUAUAGAAAGUAGCGUUGUAGCAUGAAAGAAUUACUUGAUAUAGUUGUUCUGUAAUCGCAACAGAUGCGGAACUUCAUGUUUAAAAAGUUUUCGUUACAGCUUCAAAACAUUAAGCAUUAGGGACAGAGCCUAUAAUGUUUCUUCCAACAAUACAGAUUUGACUAAUCAAAUAGUCUGCAAGCUUGCAAAAUGAAAGUAUCUGGUAUUGCGUAAAAGAUUUUUCAAUAAAUUUACUUACUGACUUCUAGUCGAGCCACAAAAUUCGGAAGAGGCAGAACUCAACUUCAUGGUAAUUUGCUUACCAGUAAGUAUUUUCCAUGGUUCAUCUUUUGCUGUGUUUGCCCUCAACCAAGAUGGCGAGAGAAACCGGGAAAAGAUCUAUUAAGUUAACAAUCAAGACAAGCAAACUAGCUGAAAUAACUUCGAAGAACAUAAUUUAUAUCAGUUCAUGUAUAAACCAAAUAUAAAACUUACUGAACGUGCUCGCCUGGCUUCACCACACUUUCCCACUGACUGGAAUCAGCGCAGCAUCGAAACUUAUUUUUGUGAAUAAAGUCAUCGCCUUUGGCACCUUCGUGGUAGAAAAAGGCUACACACUUGAUAGUUCUAGUUUCCAUUUUGCAAUUUAAACCGGAAUUUACACGAACGCAUUCACAGAUCUUGUCAGGUCACUUAGCAUUACCGCCAUUACCUGAACCAUGUGUCACCAUGCAGGAACCAUGCACAAGGUUGCCUGACGUCAUUUCCGUCACACUGUCUAUACUAGACUACAUGUAUACCGUAUGAGUCGGGUAACGAGAAAGUCUCUUCCGGAAACCUCGGAAGUGGAAUGUUAGUCGACAAAACACCAGCACAUUGACCUAGGCCAACCGAAAAUUGAUGAUCCGAUCCACGAUCCGAACUUCUAGACUGACAGAAUCCGAAAACCAGGCCAAAACUUUCAGCUGAUCCACGAUCCACGGUAUUUUUCAAAUCCGCGAAUCCGCUCGAUUUAUCACUGAAAUCCCUGAUCCCUGAUCCACUAGGUCUAAUGAUCCUGUAAAAUUUGAUGAAUGAGCUAAAAUGGGUGCUUUCUUUAAAGUGGGCUCUCUUCUGGCCAACAAGUCGCCCCUGCUGGAAAUGGGAUUGUUGUCAUGCUUUUGUUACCCAUAAGCAAAGGCCCUUUGAUCUUCUUAGAUAGAUGGGUUAAAGUCAUUAACUAGUAGCAGUCCUUCAGCCUCAAGAAUUAUAUUUUUUCAGGACAACAAUUACCAUGACAUUUGAGUUUUCUAAGUUUACAAAGUAGAGUUUUAAUUCUUCUGAAACUUUCUCUAACAUCUCUUGAUUCCAUAUGAUUUUCAUUUUCAGGGUCACUGUCUUCUGGAGAUGCCUUCUGGAACUGGCAAAACCAUAUCACUCCUGUCCUUGAUUGUUGCCUACAUUUUGGUAAUUAUAUGAUACAACUUGUUUAGCUGGGGGGAGUGGUUACUUUCAAGUUGAAGUUAUGGGGUUUAUCAGAAUAUUUUUGGGGUUUGAAAUUUCCCAUUGCAGGACUUUUUUUGGGUAGGAAAAUUUGGCGAGUAUUUUUUGUGGUACCUACAGUGUAAGUUAGUAUUUUGGGGGUUAUUCAAAACCUUCUAGGGUUGGUAUAGUGCAAGUCAUGUACUAUGCUUGUUAUGCCCUCAUUAUUACAACCGACUAUGCAAAAAUAAUGAAAUAAUUUCCAUAUAAUUUAAUGACAUUCAAAUCUGACCAUGCUUGCCUUCAGGCCAAACCUCUGGACCUGUCCAAACUCAUCUACUGCUCUCGCACCGUUCCAGAAUUAGAAAAGGUAAACAAACAAGUUAAAUUUUUUGGUAAUAUUUUUAGCAAUUAUCAUUUAUUCCAUUUAAUUCAUAGUAUAUUAAGUAAUAAUGAACUGCGUCAGUCAUUACCUGGUAAAAGAAUUUUUGAUCAUGAGUAAUGAGGUACAAGUAAAAAGUAAAACUGUCAAAACCAGUUUGCAACCUCAGGCAAACAGGGAUGAUUGUAUUUACCUAAGAGACUUUAUUUCUUACUGUAUAACAGUUAUUAAUUUCUCUGCAGGUCUUAGAAGAGUUAAAAGUGCUUUUGGAGUAUUAUGAGAAAGAAACAGGACAGAGACCAAAGAUUUUAGGCUUAGGACUUAGCUCACGAAAAAAUCUGUGCAUCCACCCCGAGGUUUGCUUUGAAUUUGCUUAACUUUAAAGGGUAGAUUGGCCCUUUGAUCUUUAUAGAAUGAUCAGAGGACCUCUUUUUGUUGGGUGGCUGCAUGUAACUGUCAGUUUUCAACCUUCAAAAAUUGCACAUAAGAUUGAUGCCCUCUUAGGGGUGGGGAAUUUCCCUAGUCUGAUAUUUAAAGCCAUUUGUUUUGCACUUUAAGAAGGCGGCCAUGUACUUGUCAGUAUUUUGCUAUUUUAUUUAUUUUUGUUGCGGGCACGAUUUCAUCUUAUCUUGAAAUAUUUAUUUUGUUGUUUGUCACCAAUAUUUUCAUCUGCCUUUGUUAUGUUGCUGUUCAGGCCCAUGUUGUUUGUCGAAAUAUCGCCCUAAAAAUUCCUCAAGAUUGGGUUACUGCCCACUGUUGCCUUAAUACAUUUCUUAAAGAAGUAGAGCAGGUUGAUUGAGGUUGUUGAAAUAUUGCGCACUUUCAUUGUUGUGAUUAUUUUAUAGUUCUUACUUCUUGUGACUCCUCUGUUUUAUAAAGCAAAUGUUAAUUCAAAGAACAAUGAUCACUCUUAGGGUUUAAGGUAUUAAAUGGUCAUGUCUAAAGCACUGACACCUAAAAUCAGCCGAUAAUUAUAUCCCAAUAUUCCAAUAGUUACCCAAAAAAUAAUAUUGAUCAAUUUUGGUGAUAGAUACUGACUGCUUGAAUGCCCAAAAGCCAUUUGUAAUUCAUACUAAUAGUAUCUUUCCAUUUCUUAGGUUAUCGCUGAAAGAGAAGGCAAGAAAGUGGAUGGGAAGUGUUUGAGUUUAACAGCAUCUUACAUACGUUUAAAGCACAAAGAAGACAAGUCAGUUCCUGUUUGUUCAUUUUAUGAGGUACAAGUUUAAACUCUCUCACUAAUGCUGCACCAUAAAGGAUUGCCAUGAUAGAGAUGUGACUGUUAGUCCAAGUUUGACUGUAUAGUAAUACAGUGGAACCCCAUUAAUAUGGUCACCAAUGGUCAAGAAAAUGUAUGGUCGUUUUGCCAGGCAGCCAAAAAAAGUGACCGUAAUAAUGAGGUGACUGUAAGGCAGGGUUCCACUGUAUUUAUAAAUCAAGAAAUUAUUACUGUAGCUGUGAGUUCAUUAUUGUGUUGUAAAGUAAAGUACUCUAGCCAAAGUGCAAAAUAAAAGGAUGAGCCCCUCGGAGCAAAAGAACAUUACUCUUACUAAGCCAGUUCCGUAGGUUUUUGAAUUCCUUUCUUCAAAUUAUAUGGUAAUAAAAAGGCAGGGCUUAAAAAAAAUUGAAUUCCAGCUGGUCCUUUAGGUGAGCAGCUCACACACUUUCCUUGCCCAGGGCACUUCUUAGUUAAUGAUUUAGUUGGAGGAUGACUUGACUGCACCCCUCUCCAUUUGGCAAGUGAUCUUUGAAAGUUAUUUGCCCAGCAAGAAAAUCUGCAGUACUUGUCCUGGACUACUCGACGGGACUUUUUUUAAGCCCCGCAAGGGAACAAUUAAAUUUUUGGGAAAUUUUGUAUUUGGCCAUUUACUUUGCUUCUUUGUUUGAAAGAUCAUCACAGGUAUAGAAAUCUAUUUAUUGCAACCUUAUCAGUUGCAAAAAGAAAGACUGAAAAAAAAAAACUGCAAAAGUUGGGUCUAACUGUGAUGAACUUGUUUCAUUUAAUUCUUCACCCCACAGUUCCUAUAUUUCAUAUAUAUUACUCAUUGUUUCAUUUGUUUAGUUUUGUUGUUGUUUCUGUAUUACAGUCCUUUGAUGCCCAUGGGAAGGAAGAAAAACUUUCUCCUGGAGUCUAUAAUUUGGUAAGGAUAAAGCUCUCAUGCUAGUUGUUCAGUACGUGGAUAAUGCUAUUCACUGGAUAAAUUUCUACCAUGUGGGUAAUGUUAAUUACUCAUCUACUGGAUAGAAAUUGAUCCGCUGGAUAGCGCUAUCCAAUGUUUGAACUUCUGUGGCCUGAUGUUCCCUGUGAUAUAAAUACUUUCAAUGUGUAGAAAAUGGUUGUGAUUGUUAAUAAAGAGAUUUAUCUGUAUCAUUUUUCAUAAUAUAGUCUUUUAGCAUUUUGACUGUUAACUACUAGCAGCUAAAUGUACAUAAUAAUUAUUAAAAAAAAAAGAUUGCAAUGAUUUUAUUUAUGAAUGAAAGGAGAAUUGUUGUGUAUUCUGGAAGUACCUUGAAAGUCCUUUUACAUGAAGAUGUACAAGUUUUCAUUAUGAUUGUCUAUUCUUUUUUGUUUAAAGGAUGACUUAAGAACAGUUGGCAGUAAGAAAGGGUGGUGUCCAUAUUUUCUUGCUAGACAUGCUGUAAGUAUAUACACCUGGGCUUCUUUAAUAGUGCUGAUUAUUGUUUAGUUUGCCAUGAUUAUGGUUUGACAAUAUAUGGGAAUUUGUGACUUGGGACACAGGAAAAUGUCUGUUGUCCGUCUUAAGCGGGUUAACUUCACAUAAGAUAUGAACUUUUGGUUGGGACUAAUGAAACUGUCUGUGAUGUACAGGUGUUGGUAUUAAAAUGGGUGUCUGCAGCUAGAGCAGGGUUCCACUGUAUAUGAAACAUACAUGUACAGAUAAUAACAUUGCAGGUGCAUACAUAACCUACACCAACUGAAAGGAUACUGAAAGAAUUAAAAAAAAAUAGAUAUGAUGGCACCACUCACACCAUUAAUAGUUAAUAAUUAAAUAAACCUUCCAGAAUUAUUUUAUUGGCCUUAACCUUGCUUUUAUUCUAAUGCAUCAUUUCAGAUCUACCAUGCUAAUGUUGUUGUAUACAGCUACCAUUAUCUCCUGGAUCCUAAAAUAGCUGACCUGGUUUCUAAAGAACUGGAAAAGACAUCUGUUGUUGUGUUUGAUGAGGCUCACAACAUAGGUACAAACUGUUUCACAUUUGUUUCCUCUGUAGCCUGGAUUCCCGACAGAGGUUUUAGAGUGUAAAAAAAGUUGGAAAAAUUUUCAACAGCAUAAUAAAGGUAGAUAGUUAUAGUCCAUCAAGUUGAAGGUUUUUGAAAUAAUAUUCAGACAUGUUUAUGACUGAUUUGAACUCUGAGUUGUCCCGCUGCUUGGGCCAGAGUAACACAUUUUCUCUUGCCUGAGAAGCUGCGAAGGAGACCAUCCCAAGAAAGGCCAGUUCUGAAUUAAAUAAUACAACCUUUUACUCAGAAAGAAAGCUCAUACCUGUAGUAACAGAAAAAUUGUCCCAAAUUGUUGCAAAACCUGUUGCACAUCACAAAAAAAUUCGAUUUUUUAAAUCAGCACCAUUCUAGGUCGACUUUCAUCUUGGUGUUUGCUUGUAGGUGGAAGAUCAACCUAAUAGAUCGUAGCCACUGAGAAUUGGCCAUUAUGCCUGAGUUACAGAUCAUGCAGACUAAACAUAGCAUGUAAACCCUGGCAUUAGAAAUUUCUCUGAAAUUUAGACAAGUCAUGUGAGUUUGCCUUUCCUUAGUUCUGUAUCCAUUCUUGAAUACAUUUUUGUUGUCGUUUCCUCACUGUAAUUGCUUGCUUGUUGUUUGCCUAUUGUGAUUUGCAGAUAAUGUUUGCAUUGAAUCCAUGAGUGUGACAAUAUCACGAAGAACCCUGGACAGAAGUCAUGCUAAUGUUGAGUCACUGGCAAGAACUAUUAAGAAGUAAGGGUGAAAAUAUUGUGGCAAUGUGAUAAGAGAGCCACAGACAUAGCAACUUCUGAUUGUGCCCUAGAACUUGCGUCUUGCUGUAGAUUGGUUUUUUGUACAGCAACUUUAAGACAACGUUGGCUUUAGGGCCGAGACUCAAGUCCCUUGUCACAGGACUAAGUAUCUUUGAUAUUGGAAAGGUUUCCCCAUUAUUGGGAGCUUAAAGGAGCUGUGGCACGAAAUUCAGCCAAAUUAGGAAAUUACAAAAUGCCUGUUAAAUUAAGAGAAACAUAAAAGAUAACCGCUUAAGUUCCAUAGCGAUUGAGGGCGAGUAAUUGGCAAAAUUAAACAAAAUGAACUGGACUGCCGUGACACAUCCCCUUUAAGUGAAAACAAAUGAAUUUGAACAAUGUGGACCAACCUAAGGUGUCUUGUCUAGGAAGACUGGGGGUAUUUAUAUCCUAUAUUACCCCAUAAACUCACGAGACAGUUAGCCAGGUGUACAAAUGAUUCUUUUUUAACAUUCUACUAAAUUUUCUUCAAUCAAUCCCUUCCUUGCGAGCACCCUGUUAAUGUAAUCAACUAUACCAUACAGGAAGUUUUCUUUGUCUUAAGACAUCAUACUUCAAACAAUCCAUCUCUCUAUGCCUGUCCUGUUGGUAAGAGGGCAUCGAGCUGUUUGGGAUCCUUUAACUCGAAUUUUAAAAUUGUUCCUAGUUGCUUCAGUGGACACUUUUGCGAGGAAAAAUGUCACCUUUUAAAAUAUCAGAACUAUUUAUUACACCUAUGUAUUUUCAAAGACCGCAAACAGUGAAAAAAAAGUUUCAUGCCAUAAACAGUUUAAGACUGCUUCCUGCCCACUUCCCCUCUUUCAUUUUUUCCCCUUGUUGGUUCCUCCCCUCCCCCCAAACGCAGCUAGAGCCUGUUUACAGGCUAGAAAAUCUAGCACAAGAGUUUGUCUUAAUUUAGUGACUGUGAUCUAGUCUUGCUAAAGGGUACCCUGCGAGCAGAGUCUCCUUCGAUCUUCUUAGAUAAGUUGCUAAAGGGUGCCACAUCAAUAUACAUAAACUGUUAAAAAAGUGUUUGACUAACGAUGGGUAAUGAGGGAGGAAGGGGACUGCAACGUAAUGACGCCAAGUUUGAUUGUGUAGAAAAAUUGCUUAAAAUCCAUUUAAGGUUUUCUCACAUCUUGGGAAAGCAAAAAAAUUGAAGUUUCUCUUGUCGUCUAUCAUGAAUUUAGUACAGUUUUAGUAAAUGUGUGUGUGUUUUUUUCUGUAAGUAUCAAGGAGAGAGAUGCCAACAGAUUGAGAGAAGAGUACAAUAAACUUGUUCAAGGAUUGCGGGAUGCGAGUACUGCAAGAGAAACAGACACAGUGUUAUCCAAUCCUGUUUUACCUGAUGAGAUCUUAGAAGAAGCCGUACCUGGGAAUAUCAGACAAGCUGGACAUUUUGUGAAUUUUAUGAGACGAUUUAUUGAGUACCUUAAGACCCGACUGAGAGUGCAGCAUGUUGUACAGGAAACUCCACCGUCCUUUCUACAGCAUAUCCUUCAGCAAGUGUGCAUUGAGAGAAAACCUCUAAGGUACUGUAAAUUUAGCCUGAGCAAACAGCCGACAUUUGGCGACGCUACCACUGGUUUUCCCGCCAAAUGACGUCUGAGAAACAAGCGCAGAAAUUCCAUACUGAUGACGCGUCACUACCCCGAUCUUGGUAUUGCCUCUGAUUGGUCGUGCCGCGUGGGAAAUUUGAUUCAACCAAUCAGAAGCACUACUCAGAUGUGGGUAGAGACGCGUCAUCAGUAUGGAAUUUCUGCGCUCGUUUCUCAGACGUCAUUUGGCGGGGAAACCAGUGGUAGCGUCGCAAAAUGUCGGCUGUUUUCUCAGGCUACUGUACGUUAGGCUUGGUUGUAAAAUUCUUUUGUCAGUUGCUGAAAAUAAGCUUUUUUGUUUUUUACUCAAACCACAAAAAGGCUCUAUAAUUCUUUUAAUGAUCCUAGCUGAUCCUUUUACUUAUAUAAGAAAGCCUUAACCACACCAUUCCAUAAAAUCAAUUCGUCAUACAUUUGUCUCUUUGUUAACGCUUUGAACAUUGUAUUGCCAUAAAUUUUCUCAUAUUAAAAGAAAAGCGUGCGUGCUUUUUAACAGCCUUUUCUACCUUUGGAUUAUUCUUCAACGGUUACUCAACUGCCUCGAAAAGGAAUGAGAGGAAAACCGUUCAAUAAGCUAAUCAACUUUUUUGUUUUCUUCUUCUUGUAUUUUCUUUUUCAGAUUCUGUGCAGAACGUUUAAGCUCUUUGUUGCACACUUUAGAACUCCCAGACGUUCAGGACUAUGGACCUCUUACAUUGAUUGCUAACUUUGCGACUCUUGUCAGCACUUAUAACAAAGGUACCGCUUUAAAUUACAUGUUUGGAAUUGAAUAUAAUAAUUUGCGUCAUGAAACCUGAUAGGAAAACUCACUCAUUCAACCUCUUCAUCCUGGCUAGGACAUAGGAAAACUGGCCCUGACUCUUCGAAACAUCUGUAUUUUAAAUUGUUUUAAGGCGGUAAUUUUCUUUUAACCAAAUCAGUUGAUAUUACUAGUUUGUUCUACAUCUUUCUCUUUGGGGAGAAGGGGUGGCUCAGUGAUGAGAGCACUCGCCUCCCACCAGUGUGGCUCAAAUUCUAAUCCCGUUGUCGACGCCAUUAGUGGGUUGAGUUUGUUGUUGAUUCUCUCCUUUGCUCCGAUCCGAGAGGUUUUUCUCCGGGUACUCCGGUUUUCUCGUCUCUUCAAAAACCAACAUUUCCAAAUUCCAAUUCGACCAGGAGUCAGGUAGACAAAGAAUUACCAUGUGGAUGUGCUACCUCUAAAUCUUUUUUUAAGAGCUUAUUUUAUUUUAUUUGGUCUGGCUUCCACAACUUUUACUUACAGGUUGAUCAAUGUUCUGUGGUUGUUUAACUGACCUUGCAACUUCUCAUUUCGUAUCGUUAUUGUAUUGAAACAGGAUUCACCCUCAUCAUUGAACCGUUUGAUGACAGAACACCAACCAUACCUAACCCAAUACUUCACUUCAGGUGAGCCUUUGCACUCGAAACAAAACUUGUCAACGGCGUUUUUUAUCACUAUAUGUUUAGGAGGCUUUGAGGAACAUUUGCCAAUACACUACAUGUAUUGACCAAACAAAAUUUAUCGUUUCCGAUUGGCCAAGGGCAACGUCGUUACAGUCAACUCUUUCUGAGACGGACACCUUGGGGACCUGCAGUAUGUGUCCGUCUUAGAGAGAUGUCCGUCUUAUAGAGAGUCAAAUAAAGGGAUUAAAGAAAGGCAGGGACCAACUCUAAGUGUCCGUUUUACAGAGGUGUCCGUUAAGAGAGAGUAGACUGUACUAGUGCUAACUGUACUCGUUAGUAGGAGACAUCAGUGAUUUCCGAACUUGACCGAAGUUUUUCCAAGAGUUCCGAGCGGGAUAUUCGAUCUUGACUUCACGAAACUCCAGUGACGAUUUCCGUGGUGACGAGUUGACUCUCUCAAAGAAAUGCACAGAGGCAGUAAGAGUGGUAAUUUCACGUGUGCAAAGAGAUUUGGCUGGCAAAUCAGUGUUUAAUCUUGCCUUACCUUAAGUACAUUUUUAUAGGGCGUAACUGCUUUUUUUUCUUUGAAACAUACUCUAUUCCAGAAAUAGGAUAAAUAUUUCCUAGUGACUCAUAGCUCCAUUGUUUCUUUCAUUUUAGCUGUAUGGAUGCAUCUAUUGCUGUUAAACCUGUUUUUGACAGGUUCCAGUCAGUUGUUAUCACAUCAGGGGUGGGUUUGUUAGUCUGCUAGCGUUUGUUACGGCAGUGGCUUGACAUAACCCCUUUAAGAACGAACGUUGCUAACAUGAAAAAAAUGGGAGUGACUCCUCUUGUUCUGCUUUAUACAGAAACCUUUUCCAGGAAACUGGAAAAUAGACAACUGAAAGUUCUAUGACGACACAGACAACGCUUUGCGGGUACAAACGCUAGCAGACCAGCUGCUUAGCCAGUGGUUGCCUUUGUACAGCCCUCAGCUACUUGUCAGAGGGAAAGUUAGGUCUUGCAUCCUUACUGUAACACAGUGUUUAUGAAAGCUUCAUCUACGUCACCAUCAUCAUUGCAUCAUCAUUGUCAUCGUUGCCAUGACCGUCAGCAUCAUCAUGAACAUCAGCAUGUUCCAAUUUCCAAUUCUCUGGCCGUAAUAAUUAAAAUGUUUUUCCAUUUCAAUUCUGGUUGCAGGAAACAUACCUAUAGACUCUUUUAUUUACUCUAAUAUUUCUCCUUUCAGACCCUGUCGCCUAUAGACAUGUACCCCAAGAUUCUUGACUUCAGACCAGUCACCAUGGCAACAUUUACGAUGACACUAGCAAGGAUAUGUCUUUGUCCAAUGGUAAGUCAGUUCAGUAAGGCCUUUGAAAUGAAGUAUCGUGCUCACGGUUAAGACCCAUUUGCCGUUUGCUGUCGGUAAUCAUCUUCUCUUUUUCUCAACUUUAGCGUAUACCUCAAAUGGACUCGAGACUGACAGCUCUUUGCCUUCCAAACGAAGAUCACUCAUGUUUACAGUGCUCACAGAUGGUGGGCUUUCUAUAAUUUGAAAUCCGUUGAACUCAUCUCCAUCAAUUCUCCAAAGUGGAACUUGACUGAAAAAGCAAUACAUUGGCGAAUAUUAUCCCUAAUGUGUCCGACAACUGUAACAAAGAUCAGUUUUUACUCACGCUUUUCGUGAACGUGAAAACCAAUUUCUUCUCGGGGAAAACGGCAAACGACGAACCUAAAAAAAUAUUCACGUGGUCAUCUCUGCCGUUUGCCGUUUGUUGUCACGUGGUGCUUAAUCUCUCUAGCCCCCGUCCCGUCGGAUUUUAUGAAAACCUGAUCGUCCUUGUCAGGUAAACAAGUAAAUGGCCAGAAUAUCUAAUGUUGCAUACAACUUGACCAUUUUUGUUUGUCUGAGCAGAUUGUUGGAAGAGGAAAUGACCAAGUGGCCAUUACAACGAAGUUUGAAACCAGAGAUGAUAUGUGUGAGUAACGAAUUCUUCAAUGUUCUUUUGCCACGAAAUGAUGAAUUGAUUUGACACAAUUUAAGAACUGACCUUGCCUCCGUAAUAACCCACGCAUGUACCAUUUUCUCACUUGUCUUCUAGCUGUAAUCCGUAACUAUGGCAAUCUGUUGGCGGAGAUGUCUGCAGUGGUGCCUGAUGGGAUAGUCUGUUUCUUCACUAGUUACCAGUACAUGGUGAGACUGUAGAGCGUGGUAGUGAUAUUUAUAAGUUGCCUGCUCAAUUUAGGGAACUUCAGCAACCAUGACGGCAACAACAACGGAAACGUUGAAAUUGUAACAGUUAUUAUACGAACUUAAAUUCAAAUCAAAUCCGUCGCUGUGAUGUUACCUCGCAGUUUGCUGCCAAUAUUGUUUGAGGGAUUCAACGGUAAUCGGAUACAAAGUUAAGUAUUCACUUUAGUUUUCGGAUUCAAAUUCACGCAUCUGCGUGUAAACGACGAAACGAAUGUGGUACCAAAUCAUUCUCGAUUCGUCACGAUUCUAGUAAAAAUCUCGUCUGGUGCAAACCUAUUUUAUGGUAACACCUUAAGUACCACAGACAACCCAGGCUCACCGAGUGAACCUUGCGUACUGUGAUGAGAGACCUGUGCCAAUACCGUUUCAUUUAUAUAGCGUGCGUGUUUCUGCCGUUCUUAAUCUUCAGUUUGCUGUUCUCUUUUUCAGGAAGCUGUCGUGUCUAUUUGGCAUGAUCAGGUAACUACUCACAAGCCUUCACUGAAAUAAAGUUAAAAAAGAUCUGUCUCAAGCUACCAACAAGCUGUUUUUUUUUUACUGUUCCUGUAUUCUUUCUUUUUUAUAUAAAAUUGAACAAUUUCAUUGUAGUAUUGUAGUCACCUAAUGUCGGUAAUAAUGUAAUUUUGGUUUUGAACGUUGAAUAUUUUUGUACUUGGUUGAAUUUCACCGGUGCAUAAAUAAAGAUUACCUUACCUUACCUUACGAUCAACAACAGCCAUGGUCAAAGUUGUUUAGUGCACGGCCUUCUAUAGCCUUAGCGUCGACUGUACUUAAUGUUCCUUUAUGCCAUUUUCAGGGUAUUAUCAGCAACAUUCAAAGAAACAAACUGCUGUUUAUUGAAACUCAGGAUGCAGCGGAAACCAGCUUAGCUCUUCACAAUUACCAAAAGGUACACUAUCACAAAAAAAGCAAUGUUUGUCAUUUACUUUUAUUCAGGUAAUGUUGUGGUUGUUUGGUGCAUAGACAAAAUAAUUAACCAAUUCAAUUCUUAUCUUGUUUAUCCAGGCUUGUGAAAAUGGUAGAGGAGCCAUUUUGUUGUCUGUAGCCAGAGGAAAGGUCUCGGAAGGCAUUGAUUUUGGUAAUUUUUUUUUAAUAAUCAGUCUAAAUUAUAAAAUUUCCAUAUUUUUGAAUGAGAUUAAACGAAACUUGUUGGAUAAACACAUUCAAACAAAAUGACAGGCCACUGUUAGAAGAUAAUUUUAGACAAACGUACGUAAGUUUUGGUUGUUUUAGCCAACAUUCAAACUAGCGAAGAAAAGCGGAGUCUGCUUGACGUCAGAAGGCCCUUUCCAUGCAAGCGAUAUUUAUGGCGGGAAAAUAAGAAAAGUUAACUUCUAGCUUUGGCCUCAAAACAGCCAUUUUUCAGUUCCGAGUACUGAGGAAUGCACGUUUUUUAUCGAGGACUUUUCUUAUAUCAGGGUUAACAGUACUGUGAAGAUAAUGUUGAUUUAAAGUUGUCAUUAAAAAUUCUCCACAGAUCAUCAUUAUGGAAGAGCAGUUAUCAUGUUUGGAAUUCCAUACGUCUACACACAAAGUAGGAUUUUAAAGGUAAAACUAGUUGUUGAAUUUCUUCAAGUCAUCGACGCUGCAGUUUGUAAAAUAUUGGUUGUUUGUGACAGUUCAAAACCGUUAAGUAGUAAGAUCCUAUGAUGAUCGACCAGCCCGCAGAUACAGCCGUCUGUCCUCGCUGCUCGCCGCUGAGGACGUUUCUUUCCCGCGAAACGUGUCGAGGAAGGACGGCUGUAUUCGCUGAUUAAGGGUUCACAGUCCCUACUAAAAUCAGUUACAUUAUAUUAUUUUACACAGGCACGGCUUGAAUAUCUCAGAGACCAGUUCAACAUCAGAGAAAACGACUUUCUCACUUUUGAUGCUAUGAGGCAUGCGGCUCAGGUAAAUUUCUGAAAUUUUACCUUAUAACCCUCCAGUUUGAAAUUUCUGGAGAUCUCAUAAAUGAUGCCACGUUGAAGGUGGUUGCUCGGCGAAUGGCAUUUCUUUCAAUCUAACAGACUAAUUUAAAGUUGCAAACUAAGCAAGCGAGCCUUUGAGUGGAAACUCGGGGUGACUUUGUUUUGCUAGAAAUGUUAGUGUCAUUCAUAUGCAUCAUAAGAGCAUGAUUUUAAUUGGAGGAAAAGUGAGGUUUCUCAGGUCAAAUCUACGUCACCUCCAGCCUUGCGCGCGGUUUCCAUUACUGGUAUUGGCAAAUGGUGAAUCUGUAUAAAGGCUACACUCUGGCUUUCUUCCUUUAACGCACCGUACUCUAUAUCCCUCCCUCCUAUUCCAACACUUAGGUACGUACGUGGUUGAGUUAAAUUUUUGUAUACAUUUCUAUUUCAUGAUUAAUUUUUUUGUAGUGUGUUGGUCGAGCCAUACGGGGAAAAACUGAUUAUGGAAUCAUGGUGUUCGCUGACAAGGUAAUAAUUUGUUUUCUAGGGCCGAAUUGUGCGCUCGGAACAUAGCCUGCGUAGUCCGCGGCGGGAUCGUUAGCGCGAGCAAAGUUUUGGUAGAGGAGCUGCGAGGCCGUGGGGAAAAUGGGGAGGAGACGUUUUGAAAUCCGUGCAUUCAGCCAGCUACGCAGGUGGAACCAGGCAUGUGAGUGUUUGUUGCUACGAAAACUCAUCUGAUCUGUCUACGGUUGAACCGCGUGUACUGACUUAAGUUAUGGAGGAACCAUGUCUGUGCAGUACCCAGGAAGGGUAUUCCAAAUUUCAAGUGACAGGGUUGAUCGAAUGGAGGCAAAAAUAAAAACCCAAAAAAAUCCCUAAACCAAAAAUCCCCCCCCCCCCCCCCCCCAAAAAAAAAAAUCCCAUGCCGAAUUUCCGAGCCUUAAAAGUUUAUAGAAAACAAAACAAGUUUGAUUGUACUUUAUUCGCAGAACUGCGUGAUCGGGAUACGCGUCCACUACCACGAAACUUCAGAUUGUUUUGAAUACCCAAAGAAUCCUUUCUUAAAUCAAGCCACCCAAAAAAAUACCUGCCAAAUUUCCCUACCCAAAAAAAUCCCGGAGUCGAAAAUUUCAAACGCCAAAAAAUCCUUCAAUCAUCCCCGUCACUUGAAAUCCAGAGUACCCCCCUGAGGUGCAGUGUUGCGGUAAAAGUUUAACCCAAUAAAUUUCCUUUUGUGCCCUUCAACUUGUCGUGUGUCGUCUUGUACGAAAAUGAAUGUUCCAUUCAGAAUAUGAGUGAAUGAAGGAAUGCGCAGAAGAAGGCAGAAGCACGUUCCGGCUCAUCCUCAACUAUUUUGAGAUUCUGACUGUUUAUUAUUUCUUUUACAGAGAUUUUUUAAAGUUGACAAAAGGGGAAAGCUACCAAAAUGGAUCCAGGUAAAGGAAUGAUGAAAAUUAUUAAUAGAAGUUUGUUUUUAGUUGCUUUUCUGCCCAAGCUUGAACCUGUGUAGUUGGUUACAUAUAGAACCUCGUUGCAAACAUAACUAUGAAUAGAACCUUUAGUGUUACCAUUUAAAUGAAACCACUUUGUCAGUGCUUUAACAUAAUUUUUCUAGCUUAGUACAAACAAAAUUUAGUUAAUUCAGUAUAUUUUGAGCACUUUUGAAAGCUGACGACAUUUAUUGUUCUGGCUCGCAGGAAUACCUCAAAGAAGGCGUGUGUAAUCUUUCUAUUGAUGAAGCUGUCCAGGUAGGGACCUAUCGUAACUAGCUAUUAUUUUCUCUGUCAUUAUUGCUUUAUAAGUGUCAAAACAUUCAUCUGAAGUUGAUACCAAGCUUUCUUUUGUGGGCAUCAAUCCUGCAGUUAGAAGAAUUCCGAUUGAAUGGAACUUCUAUAAUAACAUUUCUGUGGCUUUUUCUUUUCUUAUCUUUACGUUUCUCUUUCGCAGAUCAGUAAGAGAUUCCUGAGGCAAAUGGCUCAACCUUUUGAUAAGGUAAAACUGAGUUGUUCAGUGUGAAAUCUUGAUGCCUUUUGUACGAGCAACGACAAAUUUGGAGUCGGAGUUUGAGAAAACUCUCGCACGCCUGUAGGGCGUGUGAGCUUUGCUCGUUUUACGCGAAAUCUUUUCCGCCUUUUAUGCCGCACGAUCAGUCCUUAAGUCUCAUUAAAUAUAAUAUUAUACUGAAAAACGUUUAAAUUUUCUAUUGAAAAUAAUACAAAUAAGCCAUGUCUAUUACCUUUAAACAUCCUCAAUGAGGGAAAGAAUUUGUCUAAACUCUAUUUAUAAAGCAUCGUUUAAAACUAGCAGUAUUCGCUUGCGGCAAGAUAUACGUGUGGCCACGGCACGUGGUGGUAGUUCCCUUUGCUUCAUUAGUACAACAAAUCGUUUAGUUGGUUGUUGACAUUAGACCACACUUAAUCUCGUAGUUUCCUAUUACACUUGGCCAAACCAUCCAGGACAGAAAUGAUAUGAUUCUGAGAAAAAAGAACGGACUGUUUUGCAGUCAUCGCCUUUUAGCACUGAGUUCUUUUACCAAUGGGUGCUAAUAGUUUAUCAGUAUUUUAAAAAUUAAGUUUGGAUGUCUUUUAAAUUGAAUUGUGAUUUUAGAGGGCCCUAGGAAGUGAAGGGAUAACUGUCUUAAACAUUUUUUUUUCAGGAGGAUCAGCUGGGUUUGUCACUUCUUACCGUUGAGCAAGUUGAGUCGGAAGAGUUUCAAAAGAGAAUUUUGCAGUCAGCAGUUGCUUGAUCAGUAUCCCAAAGUUCAGUUUGAAUUGUGGAUUCUUGCGAAAGUUUAGGCUGAUCACAAUCAUAUUGGCUUGGACAACGUUCAGCUAUCUGUGUACCCAGUACAAUUCCGUCAAUUUAUAACAAAGAGAAGAAAUCGAGAAAAAGCGCGUCUUAAAUGAGGACAGUAAAAGAGGCAGAACAAGCUGGAAACAGCUUGUAAAACUUAAAACUUCUUUUUCCUAGUAAGUCACAGGCGAUGAAAUUUUGUUGUAUUCUUUUCACCAAUAAUUUUAAUUUACUGUGUUUGAAAUAUGGCUCGUUUGGUGUGUUUUGUAAACUCCAGUUGAAUUAAUGUAUACAGUAGUUUCAGGACGAAGACACACUCUCUCGCGCUUUGGGAUUCAGCGGUGACUUACCGCCAGAAAACAGUAUCAGGAGCCUCAUGGCUCCUUAUAGUCUAACGUAGAACGGUAGGAGAAGAGCUCAGUAGGCGCACACAGUAAUUUUCGAGGAGUUAUAAUAACUUCUCUAGUGGGGUUAAUUUAACUCCUUACAGUGGAGUUAUAUUUUGGGGAGUUAUUUUAACUCCAAAAAGGAGUUUAAAGAAGUCUUUUUCAAGAGUAAAAAUGACCCCAGAUAUUGAGGAGUUAAAAUAACCCCAAAAAGGAGUUAUCCUGUGCCUAAAAUUUUUACUACACUUUCAGGGUUAAAGAACCUCCAAAAAGAGUAAAAACAACCCAUGUAAGGAGUAAAAAUAACCCCUUUUUUGGAGUUAUUUUAACUCCAGUGUGGGAGUAAAAAGAACUCUUUUUCAGGAGUAAAAAUGAACGCAACUUAGGAGUUAAAUUAGGAGUUAAAGUAACCCCCAAAAAGGGGUUAUCCUGUACCUAAACUUUUUACUCCGGUUGUGGAGUUAUAAUAACUCCCUAAAAAUUACUGUGCAGGUAAAGGGUAGGAGGCAACGAGAAGCAUAGUUUUUCAUGUGCUCUGGUAUAGCACAGCGAGACAGAGGCGUAACUUGUCCUUGAAGCGCCAAAAAACAAGAGCGUAUCUUGCAUCGGGAGCGCUAUAGUGGGCAAAAAAAGUGGCCCAACAUGUGAUUUGAACAGGCGUGCUGCAGGAACGAAUCCCAGCUUGCUAUGUUUGCCGUUAUAGCGCGCGAAAAGAGGUACGUGACGUAUGGAUUAGUUUCUCGGGGAGUGGUUUAUUAGAUUUUUUUAGUUGCGUUAACUACACGUCAACGACCUGACACCAGUUUGAUGUUAAGCUGCUGGGCAAGUUGAGUUGUAUCACAUAAAAUGACUUGAUUAAUGUCUCGUGUUAGUCACAGCUAAAUCGUUGUAGAUUUAUUUCACGGAGUCUUUAACAAGGGUGCAACUUAUGAGGGUCGGUAUAAGCUAAAUGGGAAACGGUUUUUUCGGAAGCAUACUGGAGUUAAG